AUGGCAACCAAUGGCCACUUUGCCGCCAUUGGCAACGGCAGCAGCGACAAGACAGCAUAUGAACACGGGGUGCAGGUCAUCGACGAAAACAAGGAGUUCAAUGCGAAUCUGUCCAAAUACCUCACUCUGGAGGAUGUCACACCAGCCGGCUUCAAUUAUCACCUCAUAUCCGUCUUCGGCUCCCAGUCGACGGGAAAGUCAACCCUACUCAACCAUCUGUUCGGUACCCAGUUCUCCGUGAUGUCCGAGUUGGAACGCCGUCAAACUACCAAGGGUAUCUGGAUGUCCAAGAAUAAGAAUGGCGGCGACGGAUCAAUGUCCGACAACAUCUUGGUUAUGGAUGUUGAGGGUACCGAUGGUCGCGAGCGUGGAGAGGACCAGGACUUUGAGCGCAAGAGCGCACUGUUUGCGCUUGCGACGAGUGAGGUCCUCAUUGUCAAUAUCUGGGAGCAUCAGGUUGGAUUGUAUCAGGGUGCCAACAUGGGCUUGUUGAAGACCGUUUUUGAAGUCAACAUGCAGCUGUUCCUGAAAGAUAGGGCUACCAGCCACCGUUCUCUACUCUUCUUCGUCAUUCGUGACUUUGUCGGCAACACGCCUCUCCAGAACCUGCAGCGGACACUGAUGGAGGAUAUGUCGCGCCUAUGGGAUUCGAUCUCUAAGCCUGCCGGUUUGGAACAUUCUUCAGUCCAUGAUUACUUUGACUUCCAAUUCUACGGCCUCCCCCACAAAAGCUACCAGCCAGAACAGUUUGUUGCGGAGACAAAGAAGCUGAGCCUCCGUUUCCGUGAAGGACAGAAGGACCCCAGUUUGGAUGCGCGCAAGGGCGAGUUUUCCGAUGGAGGCGUUUUCCUCCCGGAGUACCACCGUCGCAUUCCCGCGGAUGGCUUUUCUCACUAUGCGGAGGGAAUCUGGGACCAAAUUGUGAACAACAAAGAUCUCGACCUCCCUACUCAGCAGGAACUGCUUGCACAGUUCCGCUGUGACGAAAUUUUGCGGGAGGUCAUGGUUGCAUUUGACGAUGCGAUCGUUCCCUUUGAGGACAAGCAGUCGCAGGCGGCUCGCCUCGGGGAACCGGAGAUCCUUGGCGGCUUGGGAGCGGCGAUGCGGGCCUCGCGGUCCAAAGCCUUCAAGAGCUUCGAAACGGAAGCCAGUCGCUACCACAAAGGAGUUUACCAGCGCAAACGGGCCGAGCUCGAGAGCAAGAUUGAUACACGUUUGAAGGCUCUUUUCCAGGGCCAGCUGGAUGCGACCCAUAAGUCUGGUAUCACCGAGUUCAGCGACGCUGUGUCGGGCGCUGUCAAGGCCGGCCAGAAGAAGGGGACCGGUUAUGACUUUGCCGAAAUUGUGAACGAGGAAGUGACCAAGGCCGUACAGAAGUUCAAGGAGGUUGCGCACGAAACUGCCGUCGAGGGUGCCGCCUGGAGUGACUCUCAGCAGCAACUGGCGUUGUAUGAGAAAGAGCUGGCGGAAGUGAGCGCACGCCUGCGUCGUGAGGAGAUGCGAAGACUGGCCAGCCGGGUCGAGCGUUGGGUGCAGUCCCGCCUGGGCGAGUCCGUUGGUCUCGAGUUCAAUGCCCUUGGGUCCGGACGGGCCGGGGGUGGCGCUCCGGAGGAGGGGGAAAAGCCUACGGAGAAGAAAUUCUGGGACCGAGUAUGGAAUGUGUUCGUGGAGACCGUGCUGGAUGCGGAGCGCAGAUUCACCGACCGCGCCAGUAGCUUCGAUGCCAGCCUAGAGGAGGUGGAUGUUGGCCUGUGGCGGUUGCGCCGUAAGUCUUGGGGUGUUUUGCGUGCGAAGAUUGACGAAGAAAUGGUCGAGGGCAAUCUGCUACUGAAGUUGCGCGAGAACUUCGAAGACAAGUUCCGUUACGAUGACGCCGGUGUGCCCCGAAUCUGGCGGCCAACCGAUGACAUUGAGGGCAUCUACACGCGGGCGCGCGAGUCAACAUUAACCCUGAUUCCCCUUCUAUCACGUUUCCGACUGGCGGAGACGUCUGCACCGCCGCCACUGGAUCGCUGGGUUGGGCACACGCCCAGCUCUGCGACUGCGGCCGAUGAGGAGGACCUGCCGCCGAUCGGCGGAGUCGACGAAGAGGAGGGAAAGAGCUUGGAAGAGGAGAUGACAAUCCUUAGCGAGUCUAAACGACAGGAGCUGACAGUGCGGUUCAAGAAGGCUGCGGAUGGAGUGUAUGUGGAGGCCAAGCGCAGCGCCAUUGGCGGCAUGACGCAGGUGCCCCUGUACUUUUAUGGUAUUCUUCUGGCGCUUGGCUGGAACGAAAUCGUUGCUGUUCUCCGUAACCCCGCCUACUUCUUCCUCUUGUUUGUGUGCCUCGUUGCAGGGUACGUGACGUACCAGCUCAAUCUGUGGGGACCGAUCAUGAAGAUGACGGAGGCUGCGUCGAACCAGGCGCUCGUGGAGGGCAAGAAGCGACUGCGCGAGUUUCUCGAGUCUUCGGAUACGGGACGACAGGCGAUUGCGAUGUCGACGGCCGGCGGUGCUGGCCGGGGGGAGCAAGUGGAGAUGUCGCGCCUGAACAAACAGGGAAAGACGACGGCCGAGGAUGAGGAUGGUGACUUGUAA